AAGCCCUGCCUAACUCUUUUGAUGCUCACAACAGUCCUUUGGGGGAGGGUGUAGCUGAUGAUACUAUCCCAGUUUCCCAGAACUGGAGAUGAGUGACUUCACCAAGGGUACAUACCUGACAAGCAGUGGGCUGGGGUUGAAGCCAGGUUUCUCACUCCCUGUCCAGUACAGGUCUGCCUUUGUCCAGGUUACUCCCCUGCUGUUCUUCCUCUUCUAGGACCCAGAUCAACUUCACGGUGGCCAUCGAUUUCACAGCCUCCAAUGUGUCGGGCUGUGACCAAGUGGCCGGGAGCAAUCAAUGCCAAACUUUACACUGUUAGAAACAUCACAACCUUCCUUGGAUUCUGGACCCCCAUUAGCAGUGCUCAGUGCUCAUUUUUGUGCCGAUCGGAAGAUGCCCAGGUCUCGUACUCCACAGGGAACCCCUCGCAGUCCACGUCCCUGCACUACAUGAGCCCCUACCAGCUGAACGCCUACGCGCUCGCACUGACCGCCGUCGGGGAGAUCAUCCAGCACUACGACAGCGACAAGAUGUUCCCCGCCCUUGGCUUCGGGGCCAAACUACCCCCUGACGGCAGGGUAUCCCAUGAGUUCCCGCUGAACGGCAACCAGGAGAACCCCUCAUGCUGUGGCAUCGAUGGCAUCCUGGAGGCCUACCACCACAGCCUGCGCACGGUGCAGCUCUACGGCCCCACCAACUUCGCCCCCGUGGUCACCCAUGUGGCCAGGAAUGCAGCCGAGGUGCAGGACGGCUCCCAGUACUCGGUGCUGCUCAUUAUCACGGAUGGGGUCAUUUCGGACAUGGCACAGACCAAGGAGGCUAUCGUCAAUGCUGCCAAACUGCCCAUGUCCAUCAUCAUCAUCGGCGUGGGCCAGGCAGAGUUCGAUGCCAUGGUGGAGCUGGAUGGUGAUGACGUGCGGAUCUCCUCCCGGGGAAAGCUGGCCGAGCGGGACAUUGUCCAGUUUGUGCCCUUCAGGGACUAUGUGGACCGCACGGGCAACCACGUGCUGAGCAUGGCGCGCCUGGCCCGCGAUGUGCUGGCUGAGAUUCCCGACCAGCUGGUGUCCUACAUGAAGGCGCAGGGCAUCCGCCCUCGCUCCCCGCCCGCGGCCCCAGCGCGCUCACCCCCGCAGUCCCCCGGCCGCACGCCCCCUGCUUCCCCCCUGCACACGCACAUCUGAGCCUGGUCUGCUCAGAUGGCUGGGGCUUAGGCCAGUAGAAAAGGAGGUGGGGUACCCAGACCCAGCUACAGACCAUCCUGCCCAGCCUUUGGAACACGUGUGCCUGGGAGGCCCACAGGGGGUGGGGCUUCUGGAGACUCCUUCCCAUACUGCCCAAGCCCCUAGAGUUUGGUGAUACGGGUGGUGGAGGUGGGGAUCUGGGCCCCUGCUCUUCUCUCCUUUCAUUGACACCUGGUUCUGGACCAGCCAGGAAGAUGUUAAUCAGGAUGACUGGGGUCCCGCUCAGCCCACCUGAGCUAUUACCUGGGUAAUCCCAUCUGCUCCUAUAUCACCCUGAAGCCUGGGCUAAGCCUCCCACCUCCAGGCCGCCUUCUCCCUCCCCUCCUCCUGUGGUGUCUACUCCUAUACCUGGCCCCUGACCCCCACGCAGUAUCUAUCCUGUCCCAUUUCCAGUGAACCCUGUGAGGCUGCUGGGUUUGCAGGAACGCCUGAACAUGUGACCCCUCCUUGGGACCCUUGCAUAUGCAGUGGGAGUCCUACAGACCCAUGAAGGGGAUGCUGUGAUAGUGGAUGGAGGCCACAUGGUGGGCAAGGAAUGGAGGCUUUUCAGGCACAGAGUCGUUUCUGGUGCCUCUCAAGCCCGGUAUGACGCUGGUUCUAGACACACAGAUCCACAAGCCUCUCCCUGGUCUGGGCCCGUAGGUACCUCCGCAGUUGGCUCCUGGCUCCAGGAAUCCCCUUUUCUCCCCAGAGACUGCCCAGGGUCCUUGGGGCACGAUCCUCUGCUGCCCACCUGGAGGCCUGGGCAAGGAGCAGCCCAGCUCCAGCACUCCCACACUGCCCCUCUAUCCUAUGGGGAUAGGGGAUGGGAGUCCUGGGUUCAAGUACUGCCUCCAGCCCUUGCCGGCUGUGGGAACCUGAGCAAGGCCUUUCUACCUUCUGGGUCUCAGUUUCCACAUCUGUAAGGCAAGAGGGUUGACCAGAUGGCCCUGGGUUUACCUUCAGCUCUGAUACUCUGAAAGUCCACAUUCAUCCCACGCCCAGCUUCCCCCAUCCCACUCCUCACCAGUGCAACCCCUUAAGGCCGUCUUGGCUUUUAGGGUCACCCUGUUCCAUCCCAUCACCCCAAAUCUACCCUUGUCCUUCAGCCUUGGGCUCUGGCAUCUGAGCCUGAGCCCUUGCCCCUGCUGUGGGAAAGGUGAGAAAGAUGAUCUCACCCCUGGGACCACCCAGCUGCCCAGCCUUUACCCACAUGGUCAUGCAUGCCAGUCCCUCCUGCCGCAUGGGGCUCCUCAGCCCACUGAACCUCCCGUUCCUGGGUGGAGACCAGGCUCCACCCUGUCUGUUGCCAGACACUGCUUCCCUUCCUGUCAUGCAUGAUGAUGGUGUUUCUAUGCUGUCUGGUCCUGUGCCUG